AGAACGGGCGAACAAAACAAAUGAAGAAAUUUUCUUGAACAGUCAUUUUGAGAAUAACUAAAAUUCAAAAAUUAAUUUCCGACUCAAAAAUUAAGAAAAGGAAAAAUGUAGGCAUACUGCAAGUGAGGAAAACUGGCGAACUCAUCAAAUAGUAUUAAUUUCGAUGUACUCGUAUUCCAGGCUAUAAGCAGCAUUUUUCGCAAAAGUGGACCUUUUCACUUAGUUCUUUCACCGAAUUAAAUUCAUCCCGACAUGUCAUUUGACAAAUUACUGUACAAGUUUGAUGACCCACAUGGGCCUGGAGAUGUUUAUUUUAUUUGGCAGAAAGGAUUGUCGGGCGCACUAUUGGCUACAACUGGCUCAGAUGGGUCAGUGGCUAUAUUCAAUCGCCAAGGACAAUUGGUUGAACGUUUGCUGUUAGCAGGAUUAUGUUCUGGCUUUGCUUGGGACCAAGGAGGCGAGCUGUUGGGUAUUAUAAAUGCCACCACUCCUAUUAUUACCAUAUGGGAUUCAAGCACACAAUUGAAAACCACAAUUGAAUCGGGUCUGCGCGAUCCGCUUACUUGCAUAGUGUGGUCCAAACAAGACCAAGUGCUGGCUGUGGGGACUGCGCGUGGCAAUCUGGCAAUUUACAAUCAUCGUUCCGGCAAACGCACCCCAAUUUUGGGCAAACACAAUAAGCGUAUAACAUGUGGCGCUUGGUCUGCUCAAAAUUUAUUGGCGCUGGGCUCUGAUGAUAAAAGCUUUUCCAUAAGUAAUGAAGCUGGCGACACUAUGCGAGUUGUGUCAUUGCGUGAUGCGCCAACUGACAUGUAUUUCGCACAAAUGGCUAGUGAGGAACGCACCAGUGGAAGUAAUGGUAGCCUGGGUGCUGCCAGCGGGAGUAUGGGAGGUAGCGAAAAUACGGUCAGCAUGAUUGUUGGUAAACGUACUUUGUAUCUUUACUAUUUACCCGAACAUGAUGCGCCAACAGAAUUGGGGUUUCAAAGUCGUUAUGGCUCACUGUUGCAGCACAAAUGGUUUGGUGACGGUUAUAUUUUGUUGGGUUUCUCAAAUGGACAUGUUGUGGCGAUAUCAACGCACCCACGUGAUGUUGGCCAAGAACUGUGGCAGGUAAAAAAUCACAAAGAAGAAUUGACUGGACUAGCGUACUGCCCGGCAUUGGACAUAGUGGCUUCCUGCGGUGAUGAUACCAUAAAAAUUCACUCUAUCACCAAUUUACAAGAAACCGAGAAAAUCAUAACCGUACCUGACCAUUCGGGCGUGCAAAUGAUCGAUUGGUCCAGUGAUGGACAAUUGUUGGCGGUUACCUCCAUGGCUGGCACUGUUUACAUUUACGUCACCAAAUUGUCGGUAAUGCAUGCCAUCUCACCACCGCGCAUAGCUAUUUUGAGCAGCUUGUCCGAGGUGUCCAUUUAUGUGUAUACACCCGAAAAGUCCACCAAAACGAUACCAUAUCGUCUGAGCUUAAUGGAUGAGCCAAGUUUUUUAGCCAUCGGCCCAUAUUAUCUAGCAACUGGCCUCGAUAAUCAUGUUUGGUUUUAUGACUUGGGCAAGACGCUGGGCGAUCAACCGCAAUUACUCAGCGAACGUGAUUUUCCUGGGCCAAUUGUGGCUUUUAAACUGAAUGCUGAUUACUGCGCGGCGCUGUGCAGUCCGCGCUUGUUAUUACAAGCAGUUGUUACCGAUAAUCCGAAUGUCAAGGAUAAGCUAUCGCAAACAUUUCCCACCGCACUGGCGGCACUCAAUGAUGCAGUGAUUACAUGCUUUUGUUUGACGCAGGAGUUUUUGAUAUUCGCAACAGAUCUCGGUCAUCUUAUCUACUUUUCACUGGAUAAGUGGGACGUUUGUACUAAGUAUUGUCACAACAUGGGCAUACAAAAGCUAUAUCCCGAUACGGAGGGUACAAAAAUAAUAUUUGUUGACGAACAUGGACAAGGAUACGUAUUUCUGCCGGCCUUGGAAGAAACUGUAAUUAUAACUGACUUUCCAAAAAAAUGCGAAGGCUGUUUGUGGGAUGUGGCACAACAACAAGUUUUUAUAACAUUCGAUACUAAAUUGGUGACUACUCAUGUUUUCGUGCGCUACUCGGUCAAAGGUAAACAUACGCUAAAGAUUGGCGAAAGUAAAUUGAAUCCCGCUCAGGUGCCACUUAUGUUGUGUGAGGGCGAAAUGGCACUGCACAUUGAUGGCGGUCAAUAUGCAACACAGACGCUAUCCACACACUUGGUCACACCGAGUGUAAGUCCUAGUGUAAAUCUAAAAACGCUCUUGAAUCUUAAAAACUACGUGGAGGCAUACAAAACUUGUGAACGCAUGAAUGCGCGCUCAGGCUGGUUGGAAUUUGGUGAGCAGGCUAUUGCCGACCUAGAACCGGAUAUUGCAUUGCGCGCUUAUCGUCACGUUGGCGAUGCUGCUAUGGUCGGCGCCUUGGAAAAUAUGCGCUACAUUGAGGAUGUGGCCAUGCUUACUGGGUUCUGUUGCUUAUUGCUGGGAAAGUAUGAGGAGUCAAAGGAUUAUUUCCUACGCGGCACAUAUACCAAAGAAGCACUCGACAUUUGCCGUGAUUUGCUGCAGUGGGAGCAGGCUUUAUUGUUGGCGCACAAAUUCGAGCCUGAUGAGGUGCCGUUUAUUGCGCGCGAAUAUGCACAGCAAUUGGAAUUCACCGGCAAUUACGCCGACGCACUGUAUCACUAUGAAAAGGGUUACAAGGAAGACCUAAUCAAUGACAAAGAAGAGCAACUGAUGAACGCCUCGCCAGAGUAUUUGGAACAUGUACGCCAAUGUAAAAUGGGCAUUGCACGUACAUCUAUACGAGCAGGAGAUUUCCGACGUGGCAUUCAAUAUGCCGUCGAACUGAACGACAAUCAAUUGCUUUACGACUGCGCCGAGUUAUUGGCUACAGUGGGCCAUUACACCGAAGCCGCUGGGCUGUAUGAGCGCGGCGAAUACUUUGAUGAGGCUUGCAACCAUUAUAUCAAUUUGAAGAUGUGGAACAAAGCUAACCAGAUUCUACCGCAGGUGCAGAGUACCAAAUUGCACGCCGCCUAUGCUAAAGCCAAAGAGGCGGACGGCCAAUUUCAAGAGGCUAUUAAUAGUUAUCGCAUUGCCGGCGAUUUGGACGCUUGCGUGCGCAUCUAUCUGGAUCAUUUGUGCGAUCCACAUGCCGCCUCCGAGAUAGUACUCGAAUCGCGUUCCAUGGAAGCCGCGAAGAUGUUGGCGAAAUUCUAUCAGAAAAUUGGUGACAUCGAGCAGGCGCUGCAGUUUCUAGUCAUUUGCGGUUGUGUGGAGGAGGCCUUCGCACUCGCUCAGCGACAUAACAAACUUAAGCAACAUGGCGAAUUGUUGCAACGCUACGAGAAUGCCAAGUCAAGCGAUUAUCUGGCGUUGGCGCAUUAUUUUGAGGCCGAGAAGUAUACGCUGCUGGCGGGGAAGUAUUACUUUUUGGCGCGUGAAUUUAGUAAAGCUUUACGUUUUCUGUUGAAAGCAUCGGCAUUCAGUAAUGAAGAAUCGCAGGCACUCUCACUGGCCAUCGACUGUGUGGCCACGUCGAAUAAUGAACACUUAGCUACACAACUGAUUGAGUUUCUGUUGGGGGAAGUGGAUGGUGUGCCGAAGGACCCGCGCUAUUUAUUCCGGCUGUAUAUGGCGCGCAAACACUACAAAGACGCGGCGAAGACGGCUGUUAUUGUGGCGAAUCAGGAGCAGUUGGCUGGUAAUUAUAAGACGGCGCGUGACAUGCUAUUUUCUAUGUAUCAGGAGUUGCGUCGCAAUAAUUUGGCUGUAUCUUCGGAUAUGCGUCACAAUUUGAUUUUGCUACAUCGCUACACUUUGGUGCGCACGCACGUUAAGUUGGGCAAUCAUCUGUUGGCUGCCAAGUUGCUGGUGCAGGUCGCUGCCAACAUCUCACAGUUUCCAGAACAUAUUGUGCCCAUACUCACCUCCACUGUGAUCGAGUGUCAUCGCGCUGGUCUCAAAAAGUCCGCUUUCAUUUACGCCUCAAUGUUAAUGCGCCCCGAUUAUCGCCAUCAGUUGGAUCCGCGCUAUGCAAAGAAAAUCGAGUCCAUCGUGCGUAAGGCGCCGAAAGGCAUCAAAAUGCUAAGCGAUGACAUCGACGCUGAGACAAUGGAGUGCCCGAUUUGUGGCGCCAACUUGCCAAAUAUGGAAGUGACUUGCCACAGUUGCAAGACGACGCUGCCCAUUUGUAUAGCAACGGGCCAGCAUAUUAUCAAACAGCAGAUGACUUCGUGUCCGGAAUGUGAUUUUCUUUGUUUUCGCGCGGAAAUGGAAAAAAUACUUUCUGAACUGAACGUGUGUCCGAUGUGUGGUGAACAUGUGGCGCCCGAGCAGCUACUGGAUGUGGAGGAUAUACGACCUUAUAUACUGGCUUCAUCUUAGUAGCAUCUGCUGUUUGUAGUACUUCUUAUGUUUUAAGCUCAAAAUACUCAUACGUAACUGUUGUGUAAUCGUAAUAAGUCGCACGUUAAUCAGCACAAAGAAACUGGAGUACAUAUUAAACCAGAAAUGCACAUAAGGUACAAUAUAUACAAAUAUUACAUUAGUUUGGGGAAAAAGAAAUCCAUUACUUUUGCGUUUAAUUUUGCGCAAAUGGCUUAAAACUGCCUUAUGGUCGAUCUUUAGCUCCUGGGCGAUGCUACGAAUACUAACCUGGCGGUCAACUUCGAUUAUUUCUGUGAUUUUAUCGACAUUUUUGACAUUAUCAACAUUUUCUUUCAUCAAAAUUGCCUGAAUGGAAUCGACGAAACCAAAAUUGUAGGUAUCGGCACCAUAAACUCCGUUCACAAUUUCAGCGGCCUGGCUUGCAUCUUCACCUUUAUCAAAGAAAAACUGUUAAGUGUACCGAAUUUUCACUUUGAUCACUUCCAUUGUUAAUACCCUGUAACUCACGACUGAAUGGAAUUAGUGUGAAAUGUCACCUUUACAACAAACAUAAACUUUAAGUUGUUUGAUCGAUACUUUACGAGAUAUCGAUCACUCCACUCCAGCCAUCUACCGAGAAAGUAAUGAAUCUCUUUUUCAUGUAAUUUUUGAAACUUGUUUUUUUUUUUUUUUGAAAACUUCGGUUAUUUUGUGCCUUACAAAAAUUGAAUGCAAAUUAAGAAAUUAAGUUUA